UUCAAAUUGACAUUUCGACUUUUCAAUAUGGCGAUUAGUUUUUAUCGAAAUAAUUUUGUGUAAAAUGCGGGUUCGGCUUCUCUACUGUGGAAGGUGUGUCCGUAUUUAACAGAAAUGACGAUCAGAAAGUAUCCUAAAGAGCCCAGUAGAUCAUUCAUGGGCGCAAAUAUCAACGGACCGUACAAUUUUGACUGAAUACCUCACAUGAGUAGCAAAUGAUUUUUUUUUCGUGCAAAAUACUUGUUCGCCAGACCUGACACCUCCUCAAAAAAAUAUACAAAUAUGUGCAAAUGUUAAUGUGAAUUGUAAUCGAAAUGAUUCAUUUAAGCCGAUAAAUGUGCAUUGAAUGGAUUCAGGUGAUUUUUCGUUGUUUUUGUGUAACUUAGUUGGACCGCCCCAAUUGAAGGGUUGUAGGUGUUUCGUUUUCGACCAGAAUACAUAAAACGAUUUAAUUUUUGUGACAAAAAAGUGUGUUCAACUGUUAGUAUUAAAAAAUGUGGAAUAUGAUGUGUGAUGUAAUGCCUACCAUCGCUGAGGACAACAUCUCUCAGCGAUCAUCUCAAUUCAGCGGUGAAGAUGCCAAUUUCGAACAGCUCAUGGUGUCGAUGCUGGACGAACGUGACAAGCUUAUGGAUAGUUUACGUGAGGCACAGGAACGGCUCGGCGAGUCUGAAAUGAAAUUGACCGAUGCGGAAAAGGAGCGAGACAGUUUGCAACGGCAAAUUAACGCAAAUUUACCACAGGAAUUUGCCACGCUCACUAAAGAACUAACACAGGCUCGUGAAACCUUAUUGGAAAGAGAUGAAGAAAUAGCUGAAUUGAAAGCUGAACGGAACAACACAAGGUUACUGUUGGAACAUUUGGAAUGUCUAGUAUCUCGGCAUGAACGCUCGUUACGAAUGACAGUUGUGAAGCGCCAAGCGGCAGCACAAAGCGGUGUCUCCAGUGAAGUGGAAGUUCUGAAAGCGCUGAAAAGUUUAUUCGAACACCAUAAAGCAUUAGAUGAAAAGGUGCGCGAGCGAUUGCGAGUAUCAUUAGAGAAAAAUACAGCCUUAGAAGAAGAAUUAAGUACAACCAAAGAAGAGUUACAACAAUUCAAAUCCGGUGCAAUUCAACUGUCGAACCAAGAUGGUACGAAGGAAAAUGGAGAUGGUGAAAAGACUGGUCAAGGUCUCAAUGGUGAAAGUCAAGAAACGGUGGAUUAUGCUGGCAAAACGCAUGAAUUACAGACAAUCAUUGAGAAACAAACCUCCGAACUAUCACAAUGGCAACGUCGAGUGUCGGAUUUGAAUAAUAAAAUCAGCGAGCUGGAAGACAAUUUGUCGAAACAUCAGAAAGAAUUCGGUAAAGCACAGGAACAUUGCGUUAAAUUGCAGCGGGACUUGCGUGAAAAUGUCGCUCAAAAGGAAGACCAAGAGGAACGUAUUGCCACACUGGAGAAACGUUACCUGCAUGCUCAAAGGGAGUCAACGUCACUUCACGAUUUGAAUGAGAAAUUGGAGCAGGAACUGAGACACAAAGAGGCUCAGCUAAAGCUUCAAGAUGAGAAAAUCGCUGCCAUUCAAGAGAAAUUAGAAUUAUCGGAACAGAAGUUGGCUCAGUUGUCGAAAUUACCUGAAAUGGAAGAACAGUUGAAGGCUCGUAUGGAAGCCCUCACGCAGGUAGGAACGCAGGCUCAAGAGCGUCACGGUUCGGCAGAAGAUCGCAUUUCACGAUUGGAAACGAAUUUGGACGAGAAAAAUGCCGAAGUGAUGCGAUUGAAUCAACGGUUGAAAAUGAACGAGGAGCACAAUUCUCGUCUAUCGUCGACGGUGGACAAACUGCUGUCCGAGUCGAAUGACCGGUUGCAGGUCCAUUUGAAAGAGCGUAUGCACGCGCUGGACGAGAAGAAUGUUCUGACGCAGGAAUUAGAGAAGGCACGCAAAUUGGCCGAAGAAUUGCACCAAGAGAAGGGCGACAUCAUGAAAGAAUUGUCAAAGACUAGACUCGAAAUAGAGAAUUUCAAAAGACAAAUGUUGCAGCAAGAAAUUGCGUUCAACAUUCAACAGACUGAAGCUUUAACACGUAGUUUAUCUCCAAGCAAUGCUGAACAGUCGAAUUUUUCAAGGAGUGCUUCACACACCAGUUUCGAUACACAAUCACUGCGACGAAACAAACAAAGACUGGAAGAGGAACAAGCUUAUGCCAGAAGCUUAGCCGAACAGGAAUGGGGCAAAAUGCAACAGGCACACGUACUGGCUAACGUUCAGCAAGGAUUCGAUGUUUCUGGCGGUGUCGAUGGCGACGAUGCGGAGAGUCUUUUCAGUACGGGCGAAAUGAUGUCGCCCAGCGGUCAUACCGACGCUCAAACAUUGGCCAUGAUGCUUCAGGAACAAUUGGACGCCAUCAACAACGAGAUACGGCUGAUCCAGGAGGAAAAGCAAUCAACCGAAGCUCGGGCUGAAGAACUAGAAUCACGUGUCGGAAGCUUGGAACACAUGAACCUGUUAGCACGUGGACGGUCGAUAGACCGACAGAGUCCACCGUUAAGUGGUCGCAGUACGCCAAACAGUCCGAACAGAGAUUAUUUACACAAAUAUCAUACGGCGCCUGCCUCAAUGUCACCAGCACAUAUUCAUCAGUACGCGGCCUCGAUUAGUCCAGGCCAGUUAUCCGAAUCUCUUCCUUCUAGUCAGCUUAACCUACCCGCACUAUCAGCUGACGUAUCACGUGACGAGCUUCAUGGUAUGUCGUUAGGAGACUCAAGUUCUGGCGGAGCAGCCUCACCACUGACUGCAAGAUCAAUACGGUUAGAACGAGUCGCUCAAGCUUUAGCUCACAGUCAAGAAGAGCUAAGACGACGCUCAAUGGGGCUUUCGCCUAGCCAAGGACACAACAAUCUAAGGUUAUAUCAUACAACACCUUAUUACCACAGCCAUAGAGUUGGCAAUUCCAAUUACGCCCCAUCACCACUAAGCUCACGGCACGGUAGUCAGGAGUCGUUGCGGCAUUACAGUACAAUGGGUUCGAUGAGUAUGUUACAAACACCAACGUCGAGUAGCCGAGAUGCAGCUGCUGCCGCACAAAAGAAGAAAGGACUCAAAUCGAGCUUGGGACGAUUUUUCAGUAAAAAGGAAAAGGUCAAAGGCGUCAAGGACUCAAUGCCAGACGGAUCCGCUAGCAUGAUGUCGAUGAGUGGUUUAUCAAUAGCUAUGAGCGAUGUCGACUCCAACUACGAUACAGUAAGCAUAUCAGGUGGGCGUAGCAGUAAAAUGUCUUCGGUGGAUUAUGGGCGACAGAAAAAGAAGGAGCAUGACUAUCGUCACGAUCUGUUGGGCGAAGCUAUGAAAGCCGGUACACCGUUCGCUUUAUGGAAUGGACCGACAAUUGUUGCUUGGCUGGAAUUGUGGGUAGGAAUGCCCGCUUGGUAUGUGGCAGCGUGUCGAGCAAACGUAAAGUCAGGCGCUAUUAUGAGUGCACUCAGUGAUACGGAAAUUCAAAGAGAAAUUGGCAUCAGCAAUCCGUUACAUAGAUUAAAACUUCGUCUUGCCAUACAAGAAAUGGUGUCAUUAACUUCUCCAUCGGCACCACAAACAACGCGCACAACUCUUGCCUUCGGUGACAUGAACCACGAAUGGAUCGGCAACUAUUGGCUUCCUAGUCUAGGCUUACCACAAUAUCGUACCACGUUUAUGGAGUGUUUAGUUGACGCUCGAAUGUUGGAUCAUUUAACGAAAAAAGACUUGCGGGGACAGUUGAAAAUGGUUGACAGUUUUCAUCGUACAAGUUUACAGUAUGGCAUAUCGUGCUUAAAGCGAUUGAAUUACGAUCGAGCUUCAUUGGAAGAGCGAAGGAAGGCGUGCGAAAAUUCCAUAUCCGAUGUUUUAGUUUGGAGUAAUGAUCGAUUGAUCAGAUGGAUAUCAAGUGUUGGGUGCAAGGAAUAUGGCAAUAAUUUACUGGAAUCAGGUGUUCAUGGAGCCUUAAUUGCUUUAGAUGAAAGUUUUGAUGCUAAUGCUAUGGCCUUAGCCUUGCAGAUUCCCACACAAAAUACACAAGCUCGUCAAAAUCUUGAACUGGAAUUUACAAGUCUACUUCAAAUGGCAACCGAUCGUCGACCGGAAACUGAACAAUUGAAUAAAUCCUGAUCAAACGCAAGCCUCAGCACUCUAAGUGAUGAGUAAAAUUGUGAAAAAUCCAAAAAUGUGAAGAAGAAGAAAGAAAGAAAAUUUGUUUCCUAAAUUAGCAUAUCUUCGGGACGGUAAAGUGGAUUCGAUUUCUUUUUCGUUUUUUUUUUUUUGAAUAUGCUGCAACCAAAAGUAAUUUUUCACAAAAGGAAAACUGAAAACUAAAAAUUGAAAAGUUUUUAUUUGUUUAACAAAAAAUGGUAAAAAGUGUAAAAGUAUUACUCCUACCCCAAGUUCCCAGUGGUGUUUUUAUUUAAUAAAAAAAAGUAAAAAAAAGUGACGAUAACCAAUAAACAGAACGGAAGAAACUUUGUUUUUGUUUGAAAACUGCUUCAUGCGCUAUUUACAUAUCAAGGCUUUAUAUAAUUGCAUUAUGAUAAUAUAUAUACUGUUCAACAUCCAUACGAAAAAAAAUAGCAGCUAAGGAAAAGAGAGAAAAACGGCGAAACGCAACAUUAUCACAAAAUGAAUUUUCAUCUUUUUUUUUAAGAAAAGAAAAUUGGAGAAAAAAAAAUUGACAAUUUAAGAGAGGAAAGUUAAAUGAGUUAUUGAGAAGAAGAAGGAAAAACAUAAAAAUUAAAAAGCUUUAACAAAAUGGAAAUUAAUUUACAAUUUUUAAACUAAGAAAAAUUUGAUGUGACAUUUUUGCGGACGAUUUUUUUUUUUGAUAAAUUUAAAAUGAAACUUGAAUAACACACAAAACAUAAACAAAAUGAAUUAAAAAAAAGCGAUAAAAAACCAAACCAGUCAACCAACCAAUCAGCUUCUUUUUCCGACUCGAUAAAAAGUUUUUGAUUUCAAAUUUUCGAGUAAAUUGAUCAGUAUUACAAAACAAAAUGAAAUGUUUACACAAUGGUAGUCAAGAAAUAUCCAAUAAAAUCGAACAUUUCGGAUGGGACAAAUUGUUUUUCUUUUUUGUACAAAAUGAAUUUAAUAAAAAGAAUGUUAAAAAAUAAACAAAAAAAAACCUUAGAGAAGAUGAUGAUAAACGUUUUUAGCGGUAGCAAUAUACUGCCCCCCCCCAUAAUUCAGUGUUUAGAUAAAUGAUAAAAUUGAAAGAAAAAGGAAGAAAAGCAAAGGAAAAUAAUAAAAAAAAUAAUUUAAAUGAAAAAUAGAGUAAAUUGUGUAAUUUAAUAAAAAAAAUUGAAAAUAAAAAAAAAAUAUUGAACCGAGCGCGGUGGGUAGAGGUUAUAGUAUAUAAAAAUAAAAUUAUUAUACAGGUUAAGAAAUGGAAUGGAAAAUUUCUUUCUUAAAUAUACCAAAAGUUACAUUUUAGUCUUUUUUUAUAGAUAUUUUUUGCCAGAGAGUCCACAAUGUUAUUUUGUUUUUAAUUUCCUUGUUUGUUUGUAUAAAAACAUGCCACGGUCUCCCUGAAAUGAAUUUGAUUGUAAAUUUUUGCACAUGAGAUCUCUUCACUCAUUCGCCCCUUUCUGGGUCAUAAAGUUUGUUCGAACAGUAGGAAGGCGUGACGGGCGACCCAAAAAAAAAGCCAAAUCGAGUAGUCUUAUAUGCAAAACUUUUCAAUCAAAAUCUUUUCUUCGGCACCGUGAUGGAAUAGAACUAGGGACAUAAAGUUCAAAAAUCCAGUUGUCGUUCGAGAUGAAACUGAGAUCAUGCUCGGUAACUGGUCUUAUUCAAUGGUCUUGUAAUAUGGAAUUCGGUAUGACUUUGAGUCGCACGUCCCGGCCUUUCCGUUGCACAUAUGGGUGCAACAGAAGUUAACGUAUAUAUUCAAGGUUAAGUGGCCGAUCAAGUUAACUUCAGAUUGAAUCUAGUCAACUUCAGGCGAUAGAAAGAGUUAGAAAUUUAAUGUUUGCAUACAUUUCCUACCGAUUAAUUAUCAAAAACAUGAAGAAUAUUUCCACCAUCUCAGAAACAAGGUAGUGAAUUGCAAACGACGGAUCGUUGAUCUGUGUUUCUGAUUUUCUAGUAGAAGCCUUCCCUAAUCUCAAAACCUUAUCUAAACUACUCUGUCACCUUCGAUCUAUACUGCCGAUAUUUCAUACAAUUCGAUUCAACUAAUUUUGCCAGACCACAGAUUAGUGACGAGCAUUAUUUACGAGGUGAAUAAAAGCACACGAAAUAUCAAAUCAGCUUUUCAUCCCUAGUUAUGUACAGGAUUUUACAUGUUAAAAGUGUCGUAAUAAGUGCUUGACUUAUACGAAAAAGGCGGUUUUCGACGCAACGAGCAUGUAAAAAAUAAAAUAAAAUCGACUGGAAGCUGGCGUGCAUAUUUAUCACUCAUUUUAGACUAUAGACUACCUAAGACCUAAAAGCCUUGUUCUAGGCAUUUUCCGUUUCUGAAACGAUGCGAUGAUGAGGCUAGUAUAGUCAACAAAAAAAAAGGAUGAGAUAGCAUAAGUUUCAAAUUGUGGUCGUAUGAGCGACUGAUACGCAUGUCGGCUGGCAGGCCAUUAUUUUUUUAUUUGAUUUUUUUUUUGUUAAAGAUUUUUGUUUUGUGGUGGGAUAACGAUCAUGAAGGUCAUGAAGACGUUAUUUAUGAACACGAAAAUGAUGAAAUGAAAAAAACCAAUUUAAAAAUAAAUUAAUUAAAAAAGAAACAAGAAGAAGAAUAAAGAUUAAAUGUUGUAAAAUAAAGAUAAAGUACCAAAAUACGCUUUUAAUUUAGUCACCCUUCGCAUAAUAAAACAAACAAACAAAAAAAAAACAAAAAAAUAGGUAAAAAGAAGUGAAGAAGAGAACAAUACUAAAACAUAGUACUUAAAACUGCGCGGAUCCACACAUCGUAAAAGAGAAUAAGAGAACUUUUAUGGCGAAAAGAAUUUUUUUUUAUUUUUAAUUUCUCUCCACUCGAACCGAUGACUUCUACUUUUAGACACAUUGACAAAUCUACAUCUAUGAAUUGUUUUGAUGUUUUGGUGAUGGCAAAAGAAACCAAUAGCGAAUUAUAGUUGAAUUUUAGACUAAAGGAAAAUUUGUUAAUUUAAA